AUGGGUUUAGUUGAGGUUGUCGUGGAGCACAUCUCCAUCAAGGGGCUACUGAUCUUUGCCAGUGUGAGCUACGUACUAUGGCAAAUAGUCAACUAUGUUGAUCGAAAGAAAAGACUGGGGCGUCUUGCUGGCGGAACUGCUCCCAAGAUCGAAUGCAAAUGGCCACUUGGCCUUGACAUUGUGAUGAGGCAGGUGGAUGCCGCCAGGCACCACAGAAACCUACAGUCGUGGCAUACUCUUUUCAAGGGCAUUCCGGGACACACAGCCGAGUCCAAGAUCAUCGGUAGGCGAUUGGUCUUUACCGCCGACCCGGAGAACAUCAAGGCCAUCUUAGCUGCGCAGUUUGGGGACUACGGCAAGGGCGAGCCCUUCCACCGCGAAUGGUCAGACUUCCUCGGCGACAGUAUCUUCACUACCGACGGCGAAAAAUGGCAUGCCAGCAGGCAGCUCAUCCGGCCGCAGUUCGUGAAGGAACGUAUCAGUGAUCUGGACUGCUUUGAGUCGCAUCUUGAGACCCUGUUCAAGGCCAUGGCCAACGGACAGGCACUUAACGGGGUUAAUCAGAAGGUUGACCUCGAGGCUGGGGACGGAAAAGUCAUCGAGAUUAGCGACCUGUUCUUCCGUUAUACCCUCGACGUUGCAACCGACUUCUUGUUGGGUCUGGACGUUCAGUCACUCACCACGCCUCGCCAAGAGUUUGCCGAAGCCUUCAACGAAGUACAGAGGGUCCAGAACAUCCGCGCCAGAGCUGGUCCGCUUCAGAGAUUUGUACCAUUAAAGACGUUCAACGCCGGUCUCAAGGUAAUCAACAAGCUGUGCGAGACAUAUAUCGACCGUGCGCUCCAACUGAGCCCCGAAGAGCUCCUAAGCAAGACCAAGUCCGACGAGGGCUACACCUUCCUGCACGAGCUCGCCUCCUUCACCCGGGACCGCAAGGUCAUCCGCGACCAACUCGUCGCCGUGCUGCUGGCCGGCCGCGACACCACGGCCGCGACUCUGUCGUGGACCAUCUACGAGCUCAGCAGGCACCCCGAGUGCGUCCGCAAGCUGCGCGACGAGAUCAUCAACCAGGUCGGCCUGGACCGGUCGCCGACCUACCACGACCUGAAGAACAUGAAGUACCUCCAGAACGUCAUGAACGAGACGCUGCGGCUCUACCCCGUCGUGCCCUUCAACGUGCGGCUGGCGCUCAAGGACUGCACGCUGCCGACGGGCGGCGGGCCCGACGGCAAGCAGCCCAUCGCCGUGCUCAAGGACACGCCCAUCGGCUACAGCACCAUCGUCAUGCAGCGGCGCGAGGACCUGUACCCGGCGCCCGGCCGCGACUUCAAGCCCGUGGCCGAGUUCAGCCCGGAGCGCUGGCAGCACUGGCAGCCGCGGCCCUGGCAGUACAUCCCCUUCAACGGCGGGCCCCGCAUCUGCAUCGGCCAGCAGUUCGCCCUCACCGAGAUGGGCUACGUGCUCACGCGCCUGUUCCAGCGCUUCGAGCGCGUCGAGAGCUUCAUGCACGACGUCGACGGCGGCGACCCCCUGCUCAAGGCCGAGAUCGUGCUCCAGCCCGGCAACGGCGUCAAGGUUGCGUUCUGGGGUGCUAAGAAAUAA